AUGGGACGAGGCUUCUCGCUCGUGCCUGGUGGGCGCGGGACCAACUACACUGGCAUGCUCACGAGGAGUAUAGUCUUCUCAUCGGUUCUAUUCAUCUUCCUCGCUACAACAGGCAUGACGAUCGCAGCGAUUAUUGUGCCGAAUUGGUUGAUUUAUGAUAGUGUUGUGGGCCACGGCAAACACACCUCCCACAUCCACAAGCAACUCGGCCUGCACAAACAAUGCUCCAACACUGCAUCAAUCUCUCCUUCCUCCUCUCACCACCACUCCUCCGAGAACGACAUCCACUGCACCCCCUACCCCCGGUACAGCGACUGCCACGCCGAAGACCGCUACUUCUGCUCCAUGUGGCGCAGCGUCGGCUUCCUAAUGAGUUUUGCCGUCGUCCUCGAAGGCAUGACAAUCGCAGCGUUUGUGGUUUUGAUACUGGGAGGGAAACAGAAGAGGGAGCAGGGAUGGGGGUUUAUGGCUACUAUGGCGGCGCUGGCGGCGUUGGUGCAGGCUGUUGGGAUGGGGAUUGUGAUAUACCUCCGCGACAACGACGACAAAUUCAGUGUACCUGGGUGGUAUCUGGAUAAGAGCUGGGAAAUGUGUACAGCGAGCUGGACAUUACAGGUUCUUGUGGCUAUCGCGAUCACAUUAGCUGCGUUGUGUUUGCCUAGUGAAGGUGGUUAUGAGCUCAUUCCGGACAGUAUACGACAAGAAGAGGAGCCUUGA